GAUGGCGGACAUGGCACUUACCUACAACUUUGCUAAUGUCAAAAUGAUUUGUUUCCAUAUUAAGCAACAACUUAAAUAUUGUUGUCCCUUUUGUCUAAUACAAUUAUUGCCUUAGAAAGAGUGAGACAAAAUGAUAUUUCAUAGUUUGUUUCAUAUUUCCCUCAUAUUUGUAUAAGCAUGUAUACUUCUAUAGUAACACGGCGCCUCUAUAUAUUUUCUAUCUCAAUGAUACAAUCGCGUUGAUUUGCUGAAUUUGACGCAUAGUGUUGUUGACGGAGUUGACAGCUGGUCGAGGCAGAUGGCUGGCUGAUAGUCAAUAGUCAAUAUUUCGAUCGAACGAAAUACUGUGCGACGUAAAAAAUAGUAAUCAAAAAGAUAUUUAAUUCGAAAUGCGCUAGUGAUCAUGAAAUGUGACUAUAAUUACUUAAUAACGGCAUUUUUCUACUUAACAAUAGCACUCGUAACAGUGAAAUAAAACAAAAUAUUGGAGACGUUUUGCGAAAAUUUUGUCUUAAUAAUCGGGCUGUUUUGUGGUAAAGAUGGAUACGACAGGGUCUAUUAACACUGAGGCUUUAGAUGCCAUUGAAAAUGAAGAGGAGGUUAUUGACGAUUCAGAGGAGAGAGAGUUGGUGACUGACUCAUGCUCGACAAAGGUUUUGGGCACAGGAGAGCAGCCUAUAGACAACUAUAACAUUGUUUACAUACUCUUUUAUUUAUUUGGAAUCACGUCGCUUGUGCCCUGGAAUUUUGUUAUCACUGCCAAUGAUUAUUGGAUGUACAAAUUUCGGGAAGUUAAACCGAAUAAUCUCACAAUGGUGGUGCGUAAGACGGAAUUCCAGGCAGAAUUCACAUCAUUCCUCAACAUGGCCACCGCUGUUCCUAACUUAGCAUUUUUACUCCUCAACUCACUAUAUGGGCAUUUAGUACCUAUGAAAGCAAAAUUGCAAGGAUCCCUGGUCAUAGUGACUUUAUGUUUUUUGGUGACAACUGCAUUUGUUCAAGUGGACACUGAUGAAUGGCAGUUGACAUUUCUUAUCAUCACCAUAGCCACCGUCUUUGUUAUGUCCGCUGCCAGCGCGGUCUUCAUCGGAGGCCUUGUAGGCAUAGCGAGCAGAUUCUCCAAGGAAUAUAUGGCUGCUGUCGUAAGCGGCCAGUCUUUGGGGGGCAUCAUAGCCGCUUUAGCCCAAAUAAUGUCGCUUGCAUUCAAAGUAUCCCCAUUACACAGCGCACUCAUUUACUUCGUGAUCGCUGAUGUUAUGGUCAUCACUUCACUGAUAUCCUAUGUAAUGCUGUACAAGAUUGAUUUCUUUACCCACCACAUUUUACGUGGAAGUGGUGGAAUGGGCAGUAAUCGACACAGAGAUGUGUUUAUAACGGUCAUCGCUAAGAAGAUUUGGGUGUACGCCUUUAGUAUAUUCGCCGUGUUCGCUAUCAGCAUGUCCGUGUAUCCAGCUGUCACCGUGCUGGUGGAAUCCCAUCCAGCUACAGCGGGCACUGAUUGGAAUAAUAUAUAUUUUGUCCCCGUUGUGAAUUAUUUGAUCUUCAAUUGUGGUGAUUAUGCUGGACGAUUAGUUGCUGGGUUCUUGUUGAGACCGACAAACCAAUGGAUAAUAAUGGCAGCCAGUAUACUCCGUAUAAUAGGCGUACCAAUGCUGAUGCUGUGCAACGCUCAGCCCCGCAACUACCUUCCAGUUCUGUUCCUAUGGGACUGGGAGUACAUCAUCAUCAUGAUAGUGUUCGCAUUCAGCAACGGGUACCUCACGAACAUUGUGAUGAUCAAUUCUACCAGGGUGGUAGAGGUACAUGAACGUGAGAAGGCGUCAAGUAUAAUAGCUCUGAUGCUGAGCGUCGGAUUAUGCGCAGGCGCAGGUUUCGGCAUGGUCCUAGUACAUCUACUAUAAACUAAUUACCCAGUUGAAAUGGAGGUAUCGUGUCUUUGAAAUAAUGUUGUCGAGCUGUUUUUGGUGCCAGACGGUACUUUAUUUAUUUAUUAAUGUUUUA